AUGGAAAUUCAUUAUCCUCAACCCUUUUAUUCAAUAGAAUAUGAACAACCAGAUAUAGAAGAUUUACGCGUAGUGAUUGGCGUAGGCUUUGCUUACGCUUAUAUUCAAGAUAAUAAAGCAAAAACUAAUGUUAUAGUAAAUGAAAAUUGGGGAAAUUUUAAGAGCCCUAAUAAAACUAAUACUGUAUUGCAAUAUGACGUAUCUUAUAGUAAAGUUGAUUGUUGGGGAGCUCGUGCAUUAAGUUCAGAGCCAAAAAGGAAAAAAUUUAAUUUACCAAAACCGGUAGAAUACUUUAAAUUUUAUUUGGGAGAUGUCCCAGAAAGCAAAAAACCAAAAUUACCGCCUGGAAUUACUUUUGAAAAAGCGAUAGCUGAUUAUCUCCGCGAAAUGGAUUUUUAUAGACAUGUGCGACUUGUCUUUACUGUACCAGCUGAAUUCAAUGAGAAUACGAAAACAAUUAUGAGAAAAUGUAUAUACAAUGCUGGCUUGAUCAAAAAUAUCGGCACAUUAAAUCUUCAAUUUACUACUGAACCGGAGGCUGCUUCAAUUCAUUGUAUGAAUAAAUUAAAAGAACUAAACUUAACUACAGGAGCAACAUACUUAGUUGUCGAUUGUGGUGGAGGAACCGUGGAUUUAACAGUUAGAAAACUACUAUCAGAUGAUCGAAUUGCGGAAACAACUGAGCGCACGGGUGAUUUUUGUGGUGGUACUUAUGUUGACGACGAAUUCCUAAAAGUUUUAGAGGAAAAAGUAGGUAAAUCUGCAAUGAGAAUGCUAAAGGAGAAGCACUAUGAUCAGAUUAAUUAUUUGAUACACAAAUAUUUUUGCCCUGAAAUUAAAAUUCCGUUCACCGGUGAAAGGUCCGAGUUCGAAGACAUUGAACUGGACAUUGAGAAAAAAUGCCCUGCGCUCAGUCAAUACAUCACCGGACCAGAAAAAAAUAGAUUGGAUGAAGAGGAAUGGAUCAUUGAUCUUGACUUUGAUACUGUAAAAUCCUUUUUCGAUCCAGUCAUUGCAAAAAUUUUAAGGUUAAUUGGAGUACAAUUGUCAAUGACUCCAAGUUGUUCGGUGCUAUUUUUAGUGGGGGGUUUUGGUGAGUCGAAGUACCUACAAUCUAGAAUUAAAGAAAGAUUUGAAGGUCAAGUGACAGUAGCAAUUCCACCUAAUCCUGCUACAGCAAUUGUAACGGGUGCAUGUGAAUAUGGACUUGAUAUGAAGACUGUGACCACGAGGGUAUUAAAAUGGACAUAUGGUGUUCAAACUUCUAAACUUUGGAAAACUGGAGAUCCACUGUCACGCAAGGGAUCUGAUGGCAGGAUAGAAAAAUUUUUGUUAUUAGCUAGAAAAGGGACAGAAGUGGAUGUUAAUGAAGAAUUUUCUAAAAGUUUGUGGCCAGUUUAUCCGGAUCAAACUUCUAUACUGUUUGAAUUUUUUUAUACUACAAAAUAUAAUGCAACGUAUUGCGAUGAACCUGAAAUGAAAAAAUUGGGUAGUUUUGAGGUUCAAGGUCUGCCCACUGAACAAUCAGGAUUAGAUCGCUCAGUAAUGAUAACAUUACGUUUUGCGUCUAUGGAAAAUACUGUUGCAACAGCAAAGAGUAUGCAUAGUGGUGAAGUUUAUCGUACGGUAUUUACUAACAAAGAAUGA